AUGUUCAAAUCCAACGUGGCCUGUCUCCUUGACUACCGUAGCUACGAGACGGUUGCCGAGGGAUUCGGUGGGCGUGGUUUCCUUCUGGAUCGAGACUCGGAUGACGCGGCGAUAAAAGAGACCCUCCAUCGAGCGCAGGAGGUGUCUCGGGAGGAGAAGAAGCCGGUCCUCAUCAACUGCCUGAUUGGGAAGACUGAUUUCAGAGAUGGCUCCAUUUCAGUGUGA